UUCGUUCGUCGAAAAUAAAAUAAAAAUAUUAUUUUACUGUUGUCUGUUAUUAAUUAUUAUCUCAAACCGUGGCAGCACGGACGCACAGUCGCAUGGAUUUACGUGCGGAUUUUGGACUGAAAUUAAUCUCCGCUUUACAAUAAUACUUAUUUUAUAACCAUAAUAUGUAAUAAUUAUAUGAUUUGGAUUUAUUUCUGAUUUAUUACGACUUAGUUACUUGUGCGCGUGCGCGUGGGUGUGUUUAUGUUUGUAAAGUAUGCAUUUAUGCUCGCCAUGUAACUACUAUUAUAUAGUUAGUUGUCUUUAACAAACACUGUUCAUUGUUCUGCACGAUGACGAUGAUGUUGACGUCCCGGGGUUAACGUCUGGUUUUGUUUGAUCAUUUGAUGUGCAGACAAAACUGAAUAGAUAAAAUUCAUCGUCUUGGUCCAUUCAUCCCGCUGUGUCAGUGGUGAGAUGCCAUCGUAUGAAGUCCUACCCCACAGAUUGUCUGUGUAAAAGACCACCCCCAUUAUCAACCAUUUACAAUGGUGAUAAACGUUUCCGUUACUAAUCUCACAAACGAUGCAGCUUCCACUGCACCAGCGCCGGUCAAAUCUGUGGCAGUUCCACAUCCGCCUAUCCAGUUCAAUCCACUCACUGUUGUGAUCAUCGUUAUUGUUGCUUGUUUGAUGCUCGUUGCUGUAAUAAUUGUAAUUAGAAGAAAGAGAAGACUCGACAGGCUGCGGCAUUCAUUGAUACCUUUCUAUUCGUUUGAUGCUAACGAAGAGGAAGACUGGGAUUCAGAUCUGUUACAACACGAAGGUGGAACUCAGACCAUUCGUCAGCAUGGUCAAACAUUUAGACACGAGGGCAGUUUCCACAGCUGGCAUGAGAGAUUUAGUCCGAUUCAAAGAGCUAUGGAUCGGUCGAACUGAACAUCAUGGCUACAGAGACAAGAAGCAAAAAGGGAUCCUUCUUAUGAUGAAAAAAUAUCUGUUGCUUCUACCAUCUGUGUCGUACAAUUUAAAUAUUAGUUAUUUGUAAAUUGUAUAUUGUCUGGUCAUGGUACAAGUAUAAGUUUGCACAUUUCCAUCCAUCACAAUCCUAUUUUCAAAUAUAUUGACAAUCACCAUGUCACUCUAAAAAUACAUCCUUAUGUCAUUUAAAUUGGGAUGAUCUGUUCAAACUAUGAUCAGACAAUGCCAAUGUGUGAGUUUAUUUGUGUUUAUAGAAUUUGUAACUUUUAAUGUGGUAUUGUUGUUGUUGUUGUUGUUGUUGUUAUUGUUGUUGGAAUUUUUUUUUAAUCUACUUAACUGUAUAUAAUUAUAUAAGCAAUAAGUAUACACACAUACACACACCAACCACAAGCUUGAUGCUCAAUAUAUUUAUAAAUGUUUAAGAAUAUUUAUAAUUUUAUAGCUUUUGGUAGCACCUGCUCACCGUGCUCUCACAAUUUAUUUUUAUUUUUCAUUAGCAUAUUAUAGUUUUGAUAAUAUUUAAGUGUUAUGCCUAGGUACUUAUAACAUUGUAUACUUGUAUUGUUGAUUUGAAAACUGGUCAGUUUUCAGAUAGUAAUGAUUGACUUGAACAUUUAAUUGCAGAUAAAAAAUACAUUACUUGUACCAAAUAUUUUUUACCAUGUCCCCAACAUUGUCAACCGUGUUUGUUAAUGAGUCAAUGGCUGCAAAAUGUAUUAUUUUUUAAUAAAAUGUAUACUUUUAAUUUAAUAAGUCAAAGGUACAAUAAUUCCAAAACGAACAAUUCAUGUCUGAUUAAAAAUUGUUGUUAGUUAAAUAAAUAUAAAAUAGACUGAAUUAGUUUAUUAGUCACUUGUCCUAGGGAGUCGAAUCUGCUAAAUGUUUUUAUAAAAAUAUGUAUUGUGUUGAUUAAAAUUCACCGUUAUUUGCUUA